CACCGUCAGCUUACCGGAUGAAAUGUACGUGAGUCCACAGGAAAAGGAGUAUUUUUAUUCAUCUCAAGCAGCAAUGUACUGCAAAUUACAAAAAGAAAAAUGAGAAGUGACAAAUUGAAAGCUAUUUUCAUGCUGUGCCUUGCUUUCAUCACAACAGGAGGACACAGUUUUGAAAGUAAAGUGGCCCAGUUACUCCAAGAAGACACAGAGGAUCUGAAAUGUUUUGUGGAGGGAAAGAAGGACCUCACCUGCUUUUGGGAAGAAGAACAAGAGAAGAAUGGUUCACUUCAUCAAUAUACAUUCAUGUAUUCGUAUAAGAAUGAGAACCAAAGGACAUGUGCUGUUAAGUCUUUACUGGCCAGUAACAGAACAGUUUUCUUCUGCAAACUGCCCCAAACUUUGUUCUUCACGGCCCUCGUUGUGCAGGUUUUUUGUGAUGGUCGGAUGCUCUACAAUCGCAGCCUCAAUGUGGAGAAUGUCUUUUUUCUAGAUCCUCCCAGAAACCUUACAGUCGUGAGCUCAAGGAAGGAAGGGCAGUUAAACGUGAGCUGGCUGCCUCCACCUCUCAAAUAUAUGGAUGACAGUAUGAUAUAUGAGGUCAGAUUCGCAGUGGAGGGAAGUCACUUGAGCAAGGUGGAGGAGAUAAAGGCCAGCACCAUGCUUGUCUUGAGGGGUUUGCAGCCAGGCACCAGAUACAAGGUGUGGGUCCGUGUCAAACCUGAUGGUGUGUCAUAUAAAGGCUACUGGAGUGCUUGGACUGGACCUGUAUUUGGAAGCACACCACCAACCGACAUGGAUCCUCUAAUUGUGUUAUUGGUCCUAUUCAUUGGACUGAUUCUCUUGUUGCUGUCUCUGACUGUGAUUCUGUCCCAACAAAAGUUUCUUCUAAAGAAACUUUGGCCUGACAUUCCAACACCAGAAUACAAGUUUCCAGGACUCUUCACUGUCUACAAAGGUGAUUUUAAGGAAUGGAUGAGUCAAGGUAAUGGGAGUAUCUGGGGAAGACCAGUCCAUGUCUACCCCGAAGAGCUUCCAUCACCUCUAGAAGUUCUGUUGGAGGUUUCGCUAGCCACUCAUAUGACUUCCCCAGGACAAGACAGGAAACAAAUGGAGGAAGAAGAGAAGAAGAUGGUAAGUGAGGCUACAGACUCUGGUUUAACUGACAGAUGGCGAGAGUCCCCCCACGCCCAUUGGAUCAUGGAGCAGUUGAGAACCCUUCAAGAAAACCCAGAAAUCCUCUCCCAGCCGAUGUUACUAGAAUCACACAACACCUACGUCACUCUAAAUAAUAACACCCAGCAUACCGGAGAAGUUGAAGACCAGGUAGAUGAUAUCUUCAAAGAGUCGUUACCCCUGCAGGCUCUCUUCACCACAACAGGAACGGUGUCUUUGAGCGCUUCGCAUUCUGAUCUCGGAUCCCUCCAGCAGAGUUCCGGUUCAGGCAGACUGUCGUCCCAAUCCAGCUUUGAGUUUCCAAACCACACAUGGCCACCUAAAGGGCCGGGAUACGCUUAUAUGGCUGUAGCAGACUCUGGAGUCUCUAUGGACUACAGCCCGAUGAGUAGGAUUGUGGAUCUUGGGAAACGGGAGAUUUACACCAACAAAUACAAAAAUGAGAUUUUUGGCCACAAGUGGCCACUCUCUGGUCAUUGCAUAUAAUCUGGAUACUGAUCGGAAGAUCUUUGGGAAUUUUUUACGGGGAAUAUGGAUAAACAAUAUGUUUACUAAAACCCUUUAUGUUGUAUGAGAGACUGACAGAGCGGUGCAUCACAAGGAGAAUUCAGAUCAAGAUCUUGCAGACUUCUGUUUGAGAUACAGCAUUUAAGAAACACACAACACUAGAAUCUUUCAUUAGACAAAGCAUAUUCCAUCAGAUAAAAUAAGCUAAUUCUGUUGUUAUCACAGUAACACUAAAGUCACGUAAACACUGAUCUGUUUUCAUUUGAAAAUACAUAGAUUUUCCCAUGUUUACGCCUGUCUUCGACACUGGAAUGGUGCUUUCCUCCACCAAAAAUGCUAACUUUCGAAAGCACUCCAUUACUGCACAACGGAAUACAAUGAAAUUAGGAAACUUAAAGGCGGAGAUUUCAAACUUAAAUGGAUUACAACAUUUUUGUUUGUACACGCAUAAAAUUCGCAACAUUUACGCCUCCCAUCCACACUAGAAUGACGUUUCCCUCCACUGAAAACUGAGUUUCAAAAAUGUUCUACAAUACCACAUACAAUUCCUUCAGGAAACGGCAAACUGAGUGGUGGUGGUGUAGUGGUCUAAAGCACAUAACUGGUAAUCAGAAGGUUGUAGGUUCAAGCCCCACUGACCACCACCAUUGUGUCCUUGAGCAAGGCACUUAACUCCAGGUUGCUCCGGGGGGAUUGUCCCUGUAAUAAGGGCUCUGUAAGUCGCUUUGGAUAAAAGCGUCUGCCAAAUGCAUAAAUGUAAAUGUUUCAAAUUUAAACAGAUUAGUACAUUUUCGUUUGUAAACGCAUUAACUUCGAACAUUUACGCCUCUCAUCUGCACUAGAACGCCGUUUCCCUCCACCUAAAAUGGAGAGUUUCAAAAAUGUUCUCCAAUCCCACAUACAAUUACUUUAGGAAACUGAAAAUGGAGGUUUCAAACUUAAACGGAUUAGUACGUUUUCAUUUGAAAACAUUUCGCUGUUUACGCAUUUCAUCCACACUAGAAUGGAGUUUUCCUCCACUGAAAACAAAUCGAUUCAAAAAAUGCUCUCCAUUGCAACAUAUGUUGGAAAAUUAUGCCGUUAAGAAACUGAAAAUGGAUUAGUAGCCUAAAGUGUUACUUCUAACAUAAUAGCAUUAUUUUGGCAGCUGAUAAUCAACAUUUUUGUAAAGCAUAUUAUGCAUUAGUUCCAAAUAUCAGUGAAGGUGUUAUUUUUACAUUUACAUUUUUAUUUUUUUGUCUUUAAUUAUGAAUAAAUUAAAUGUCACGUUAUCCGGUAUUGGGUUUUCCCAAGCUGAAAUCUGUGUUGUAAAAAAUGUACAUAGCUGUUUUGAUAUAAUUAACAGU